CCGUGUCGGUGAGUGUAAGUGCUUGGACAUUAGUAGCCAUGUCUAUCGAGCGCUACUAUGCCAUUUGUCACCCUUUAAAAUCUAGAGAAUGGCAAACGUUGUCACACGCCUAUAGGAUGAUUGGAGUGGUUUGGGCAGCUUCCCUUCUUUGUAUGCUACCCAUAUCUGUACUUAGUCAACUUCAACCUAUAAGAGAUACUGAUAAAUAUAAAUGUAGAGAGAGUUGGCCUUCUGAAAUAUCAGAGAAAAUCUUUAACUUAUUCUUGGAUGUCAUUCUUCUAGUCGUACCAUUGCUCAUCAUGACAGUUACCUAUUCAUUUAUAGUUGGAACGUUAUGGAAAACAAUCAAACCUUUAAAAUGCCAAGGACAAGAAAUUACCACAAAAAAUGGAUCGAAUAAACUUCAUAUUCAUUUUUAUCCCAAGAAUUCAGCAGGGACACAACGCAUCGACAGUCAUACAUCUUUAUCUUCACGGAGUAGUUUGAAACCGAAGCAACAGUGUAAAGAAGAUAAUAUUUCUUAUCAAGGGAUUCGUGUCAGUAAUCUUGAUAAAUCACUAUCGCAGAAGAGGAGAGUGUUUAAAAUGCUAUUCGUUGUCGUGUUAGAAUUUUUUAUCUGUUGGACACCCCUUUACGUUAUCAAUACAGUUUCGCUUUACGAUCCUCGCUCUCUUUACGAAGGACUCGGUUAUUAUGGAAUCUCAUUUUUCCAAUUAUUGGCUUAUACAUCUUCUUGCUGCAAUCCAAUUACUUAUUGCUUCAUGAAUUCAAAAUUUCGUCAAAGUUUCAUGGGAUUGUUCGGUUGCAAGAGAAGAGCUUGGAGCAAUCAAUGUAAAGAAGUGGCAUUCAGAACGACGCUUAGUACUUCGUACCACGAUAAUUCUAAUUCUAAAAAAUCUAUGAAUUCCUCUACGAAAACUAUUUCUGAACCGGAAAUUUAAUUAAAAUGUAUUAAAUUCAUUCUUCAUUCAACUG